UAACUUCAUACUUCAAUCUAAUUUUCCUUACUCAUGUUGACACCGCGAGUUUGAUCUUUAAGCAGUCUUCAUUUCUAUAACACUGUGCAGGGGGAAAAUAGGGGCAUCAUUACAUAGGUCUCACAAAUCCAAAGCUAUUGGAGGCAUACCACCAUACCUUAUGCCAUUCUUUGGGAUGUUUGGAUAUGGAGGUCCUUAUGCGUGUAUGCAUUUGGGAAGGCGUACUUUGGUGUCUUCAAAGACGAAACUGUCUAAGAAAGUGUUCACCUUGCAACUCAAUCGAGAAGCUUUGACUGACAAUCGUUCUAUCUUAGGAAAAAACUGGAAGGUAAUAAUACAUUCAUCUUCCUUUAUUGCUCGUCAUAGUCUAUGUCAUUAAAUGCUGAUGGUGGAAUGAGGGAUCCUCUGGAGGAGGAAAUCAAGCUAUCACCUCAUGGAAGCUUCACAAAGGUUGAGAUAUUUGAAUCGGAAUGUAAGAUUCCAGAAAUAUAUCAACUUCAGUGCAGACUUAAGGAUAUAUAUUUUCCUUACAUCCAGUGUGAUGAAAUCUCUAAAACUGGGAGGACGGAAAGGCCUGUAGAGUUUCAGGUCAAUGGAGAGGAUUAAGCUGAGAUAACAGGUGGAGAGUUUGCCACUACCAACCUAAACUCCAAGGGUCGAGAAUUUUGGUUUCAGAUUCGAUUUUUUCAGAGUGAAAUAAAAAAAGGUAUCAACCCUUCAACAGUUCAGUUAAGUGUCUUUCUGCAUUUGCUCCAGCAUUUGAUAGCAAACAUAUUGUGAAGAUGGAUGGGAACAUGCUCAUGGAAGUAGAAUUUCAAGACACGAAUACAAAAUCAAGGGAUAAGAAUACCAAACAUUUGUAUUCACAUCACUGUUCACCUACAUUCUGUAGUGGAUUCCAUGGUCUCUACAUCUUUCCCCUUGAGUCGAAGCUCCCAAACAUGUUCAACAAAGCUUGCAUUUACAACUUUUGUUUCUCUAUUGGAAACUCAAUUACUACUAACAAAAAGAAGGUUGUUGAACCUUCUUCGAAGGUGGGAAGUUGGAAACUUGCUUCUAAUGUUGAGUCCGCGCGGCAGUAUAAUGUUCAGGUGGGUUCCUCACUUCCUCCUUGCUCUAUCGCAUGCUUUGAUGAAUAUGAAAAUCAGAUAGCAUUCACUUCUGUUCCAACACUGGAAGUUGAACUGAACGCCAGCCCUGGAUUCCAAAUAAAGAUUGAUAUGAUUGAGGGCCAACCUGGUAGAUCAUGGAAUUCUCAAAGUCGAGAAUAUGCUCGUUGAGACUGAUAAGUUAGAUAAUAUCAGGCCAGAUUAUGAGGCAACCUUAGAGAUAUGCUCAAAGGACGAACCAUUUUCCGUCUUAGUUGCUUGUAAAGUUAAUCCUCGGCCUCUGAAGCAUGUUGUUGAGAUGUAUCCAGAGUCUUUGGAAUAUUUGCUUCCAGGCUCUACUGUUCAAAAUUAUAUCUUGGAGGUGUUCGAUGGAUAUAAUAACCAUGUUGCAGAAGGUACUAAUGUUCUGAUAUGUAUUGAGGGCUAUUGUAUCAAAGACCCGAUGGGCUUUAACCGAAAGGUCAAUAGUUGUGGCUGCGUUGAUCUGUCUGGAAUUCUCCAAGUCACGGCCAGCUAUGGGAAAUCUAUAUCACUCUCUGUUAUGUAUGGUAUUGAUGAGAUCUUUAAGAAAGAGUCUCUGAUUGAGAGACGAGAGCUCAUGCUCUUAACAAAGCUGCCUGACUGCUGUGCUGCUGGUUCAAAUCUUACAAACCUCAUUUUCGAAGUGACGGAUUCAGAUGGUGCUAUGGAUACUAGUAUCCAUCAUGACGAAAAAUCAGGAUGUUUCCAUACCAUGAGCAUUGAAUCUGAUUCAAGAAGCGUUGAGAGUGCAAUCAGAUAUGCCUUUGUCCACGAGUCCUGCAAAGUUCCUACUCUUUCCCUACCUGAGAGCGAGGGUGUCUUUUCUUUCAGGAUUCAGCUAACGCCUGCUCAAAUAUUUGAAAGAGAUGAGAUUGGGUGUUCUACACCUUAUUCAAGGAUGAGUUUAACACCUCAAUCAAAGAUGGCUUCAACCACAAAUUCAUCGGUGGCUCCAACUGAACAAACUCCAUGUUCACAGUUUAGAGUUUUGGCCAUUAGGGCAUCGUCAUCGGCUCUCAGUAGCCAAACUAGCCUGUUGGAUAUGGCACAGUUCACUGAGAGCUUAAAAGAAAAACUUAUUAGAUACAGUGAAGACAUAGUGGAAGUAGAUGAGCGCCUAAAAUGUUUGGAAGCCGAACAAAACCAGGCUAAGGAAGAGUUGAGUACCUUGCAAGCUUCUCUGGAAACUCUCGGUGCUACAUUCCCAGAAUGCCUAUCCACCAAAGAAUCAAUGAUGAAACAGAUUGAAGAGAAGCAUCAUGACACCGCAGCAUCGGUUUUCUGUUGUUUGUAUAGAAAGGCCCCGCCUCCACAGUCUCUGUUUCUGUCAAAGAAAGGAGUGUUUGGCCUUGUAGAACUUCUUGGUUCAGUUGCUUCCACCUCCCCUAGCAGGUAUAUGAGACCCAAAAGCAAGUUGAAGCAGCUCACGCAGUCUCUUUAGAUGGUUUUAUCGCAAAAGAAAACGGAUUUAUAUAUUCCGGGUGCAGCAAACCGGAAAUUCAUUUUCCGGUUACAGUAAAGGAGGAUGAAGAAGAGAAGCUGAGAAAAUUGGAAGCAGCAAGAGACAGAGUGAGAAUGGCAGCGAAGAAGAUAGAGGAAGAGAAGUGUUCAUUGCGUAAGUUAGAGAACAAAAAUGAAGAAAACAAAUGAAAAAUAUCACAAUGCAACAAACUCUCUAGAGCUAGUCCAGUCUCUGUCUUUAGAUUAGAGUUAAACUGGACCUAAAACGGUUCAAACAGUGGGUUCAAACAGUUGGUUAUCGGUUUAGUUUUGGUGUUUUUUGGGUUUAGUCACUUUGUUCUGAAAUUUUCUUUUCUUAUUUCGGUUAAGGGAAUUUUGUUCAUCAAUUUUCUAUUUCAAGAGUUUGUUUUUGAUCUUGUGCUA